AUGGCUCGUAAACGGAGUGGAGGCUGCUGCCCCCGGCCGCCCCUCAAUGAGGACAAUGCCCGCUUCUGCCUGCUGGCAGGGCUUAUCCUGCUCUACCUGCUGUGUGGGGCGGCUGUGUUCUCCGCCCUGGAGCGCCCCUCUGAGCUCCGUGCCCACCACCUCUGGGACCAGCAGCUGGCCAACUUCACCCUGAGUCACCAGGUAAGCCUGGGAGCCUUGCACGUGCUUCUGCGACAGUAUGAAGAGGCCAAUGGGGCUGGGAUCAGAGUGGACGCUCUUAGGCCCCGCUGGGACUUCUCUGGAGCCUUCUACUUUGUCGGCACGGUUGUGUCCACCAUCGGCUUUGGUAUGAACACCCCAGCUACCAUCCCUGGUAAAAUAUUCCUGAUCUUCUACGGCCUCAUCGGCUGUGCCGCCACCAUCCUCUUCUUCAACCUCUUCCUGGAGAGGAUCAUCACCAUGCUAGCCUACAUCAUGCGCUGGUGCCACGAGCGGAGGAUGAGGCGCUCAGGGGUGGGGCCUGUGUCUGGGGUCGGGGAGCCCCGCAGUGAGGAGGACAGUCUGGAGGGUUGGAAGCCCUCUGUCUACUACGUGAUGCUGAUCCUGGGAGUGGCGUCUGUGCUGAUCGCCUGCAGUGCCUCCUCUCUGUACUGCUCCAUGGAGGACUGGAGCUACAUGGACUCCCUGUACUUCUGCUUUGUGGCCUUCAGCACUAUCGGCUUCGGGGACCUGGUGAGUAGCCAGAGGGAGCGUUAUGAGGCCCAGGAUGCCUAUCGCCUGGGCAACUGUCUCUUCAUCCUCAUGGGCGUGUGCUGCAUCUAUUCCCUGUUCAACGUUAUCUCCAUCAUCAUCAAACAGACUCUCAACUGGAUCCUGACCCGGUUGGCUUGCCCAGGCCGGCGCUGUCCCUGCUCUUGCCCUAAGAGGGGCCUCUGCCGGCGGCUCUGCUGCCCCUGCCUCCCUAACAAACACGCCGGCUUGAGGCCUCCACCCGCACGGCUCCGCCAGCAGUGGCUCAAACGCAACGCUGUGCAGCCCACCCCAUCCCACCCCCCUGUGAGGCGACACCGCUACACAGACGCCUCGGUGGAGACAGUGUGUAACAGCGAGACAGACGCUGGGAUGGGGGUGGAUGGGGUCGCUGGAGGCCGGCGUCUCUCUGGGGAGAUGAUCUCGGUGAAUGACUUCACAGCGUCCAAUAAGGUGUCUCUAGCGCUGCUGCAGAAGCAGCUGUGUGAGACAGCCCACCAGGGGCCCCGUCAGAGCCACGUUCCUCGUCACAACGGCUUCUCUGGAGGGGUGGGCGCAUUUGCCAUCAUGAACAACCGCCUGCAGGAGACCAGUGUGGACAGGUAAUCACACCUGGCCCCAGUCACACUAACUCACAGAAAUAAAGCACUGUUUUCUGAGGGUUAUUGUAAUAUUACCGAAUGGUAGACUGGAUGCUGGAUCCUCUUCUGUUAUUCCUAGAAAACUAGUGACGUUUCAUCCUCAGAAUUAGCAUUGUUUGUAGAUCAAAGUACAGUAGUGAAACAGAACAGUUGGAUGCUACAGCUGGACAUACAUAUUUGCCAAAUGUAAAUAUAUUCACAUAAAACUCAUUCAUUUUCAAUGUAACUCAUGUUGAGGGUAGCUAGGUUCUUAGUUCUAGACAUGAUGAUAGCCCAAAGCAGACCUCUAUUCCGUCUGACAGCUUUUCAGAAUGCCAGACAUUCAUGAUGAUCACUGACAAUGGUCCCUCUAAACUGCGCACUGGUGCACAGACUGCUGCACAGAUUGAACUUUUCUCAACUUUCUAGAGUUUUCCCCUUCUGUUAACACUAUCAACGUUUCGCUCUGCUGUGGGAAUUGUGCUCAAAUCAACAUAAUAUUAGCCACAUUCAAUGUAACAUUUCGAAACAAAAUGAACUAUGCAAAGCUAACUGUGCAAGAGAUGUUAUUGUAGGCAGCACGCAUUGGAGUAGGAUUCUGUUGCAUUGACAUGCAUGACAGAGGCCCUUACUCUCCGCAGGCCAUUGUGCCAUAACCAAUCAGAGCUGCAGUAGACAUAUUGGCUCCAUGAGGGUCGUGGGUAGAUGCACUUGUUUUGAGAUCAAAGCGAGAGCUGUGUAGCCACCUGCGCACAUUUGUUCAUAUUCUUUGCUAGUUUGUGAGUUAUUAACCGAGUUAUAGUGAAUUCCUAGUCAAUAAUUUGGGAGUGGUUGCUUCCAAAAUGUGUGCAUUUCUAGCCAUCUUUGAAAAUCAAGUCAGGUAAAGAGCUUUUUUUAUGUCUUAAAGGGGCAGUGUUAUAUUUUGAGACGGUCUUGAAUAAGCUAAAUAGUCAAUAGGAAGAGGGUAGCAUAAUUUGUCUGAUUCUCUGUAAUAAUGGUAUGGGAAUAACAAUGAAUUUUAUUUUGUAAAGUGGUUUCUUGCAUCGAACAACACAACUGUUCAGUCUCCUUGUCUGAAGAACAAGUGGAUAAACAGGUUAAUGUCAAGCCCUGCAUGUUUUUUUCAAAAAUAUUAUGGAAUGUAGGCCUACAUUGAACAACCAUGUUAUGGGAUGCAUAUUUCUCCAUUGUUUUCGAUGGUAGGCCACUCUGGUAGGCCUACAUUAUGAACAAAUAGCCACAGUAGCCUACUUGGCCACUGUUAAAACUGUAACUGAAAGAAGUAAAUGCACGCCAGAAGUUGCACAGAAUUCUCACAAUGUUCAAGUUUGCGCUCAGCAGACCUGAAAUUUGCUCAGUGAUGAAAAAAAUUGAUGGAACAUUGAUCACUGAUCUCCUAUUAAUACACUGCUUGAAUGUUCCUGUUUGGUUCAGUGGUGAGAUGCAAUGGACAGAUGCCUUUCAUUUAAACAGCGUCUGUCUGGAGAUGGGUUUGAAAUGCUCAAGUGAUUGGCUCAAAUACAAUGCUGAAUGCAAUCAGGCUUUGUGUGGAGUAUGGAGACGUGGAGGGCCUCUUGAGAAGACCCACUGAUUUAUGAGAGCUUUGCAGAUGUGUCCUGAGCUCCACCACAACACAAUGGAUUUGUAUGGGGUGGUAUCCGGGAUCAGUGAACAUAGAUAUGUAUCCAUAUUAUGUAUAUGCAUCCUCGGUCACCUAAUGUCUAGGCCUCUGGUAGAGAACCUGUUGAAUAUGUAUCACAGUUGAAUUGUGUUGCAUUAAUUAGAUAGAAAGCCCUCAGACACACAGUAUGAGAGCUGUAAAAGGGAAAACAAAACCUAUUCAUCUUCAUCAAAUAUAAUCUAGCCCUGGGAAAGGUAUUUAUGUCAAUAAACGGGAUGAAAGUGUGACAUCCACAAUAAUCUGGAGUGAGUUACGUUUUGCCAAUAUUCUGUGCUCAUUUUCACAGUGCCUAACUGGUUCGGGCCCCCUCAUACCUAUGCAAAUAUUUCCCUCAAGCAUGACCUUGUUCAUCCAUAGUUAUCUCUUUACCAUUUUCCUGUACCAUACCACAUUAUCAUUA